AUGGACGAGGUAAUAUGCAAACUAUCACUUCAAGCCUUAUUUAUAUAUAAAUUCUUAAUAACAAUAUGCGUGUUUCGUAAUUUAAUAGGUACCUUCGAGGAAACGGUACAAAAACAAAUCGAAGGCCGAAAACCCAAACUACAGGCGAAGGUAUGACCGUCGUAAUGUUGAAGGACUAAAAAAAGGGUAGGAAAUUAUUCGUAUUUAAAUGGAUAGAUAGAUAGAUUUUAUUUUCUGGCCCGAUCACUGGCGCCACCGUAACAUUGCCAUUUUGGAAUUCUACCCCAUUGUACUGAGUCUGUAUUUAUGGGGUCAUAAGAUGGCGAAUCAUAGCAUUUUAUUUUUUACUGAUAAUGAAGCACUCGUUCAUGUCAUUAAUAAGCAAUCAUGCAAGGACAAGGCAUUGAUGUUUUUUGUUCGCAAGCUUGUUCUUGUUUGUUUAAACCACAAUAUUUAAAGCCAAACACAUUCCUGGGACGUACAAUCGCCUGGCUGAUCUUUUGUCUCGAUUUCAGGUUCAAACCUUCAAACGCGAAGGACCAGCCUCGAUGAAUUCCUGUGUAAAGGACAUUCCGCGGCAUCUGUUGGCAGCGAAUUGGGAAAUAUCGUUUCCCACUUCACACAAUCGAGCCUCCAGCCAUCCUCAAUUCCGACUUACCGACGCGCUUGGAAACUUUUUGACCAAUUUCAUUCUCACAUGUUUCAAACAUUUUCAUAUAAAUUACCAAUUUCGCCUCCUACAUUAGCACUUUUUAUCGCCUACAUGUUUGACCGGCGCUACGCCCCCUCUACUGUCAACACCUACGUCUCGGCUCUCGGCUAUUCCCACAAAUUAAUGGGAUUGAUGAAUCCCACUAAAAUAUUUUACAUUGUGCAAAUGUUGAAAGGCUAUGGCAAACAGCUUUUCGUUUGGACGCUAGGUUGCCUAUUACGCUAACGAUUUUAAAUCGAUUAGUAAUGGCUGUGCCACACUGUGUCGCUACGUACUACGACCAGUGCCAAUUUCGUGCGAUGUGUGCUCUAGCAUUCUUCGCAUUUUUGCGCGUGGGUGAGAUCACCGCAACAUCACAGCCGGGCAAUUGCCCUAUACAGGUAAACCAGCUCACCAAACUCUCAAGAGAUGGUGAAGUGAUUGGUUACAAAUUAAUAUUUGCUGAUUACAAGCAUAACUACAAUCAGCGACCAUUUAAUAUGUUCAUCAACCGGCAAACAAGCGCUUGCCCUGUACAAUUAUUAUCAACAUAUUUAAAUCAUCGUGGCUGUAGUCCGGGUCCAGUAUUUAUGACAGUGGAGGGCGUCGCGGUGCCGAGAAAAGUUUUUACCGCUAACCUUGUUGCUUGCCUCAAAUACUGUGACCCAAGUCCGUCGCAUUACAAAUCACAUUCGUUUCGAAUCGGUGCAGCAUCUUUCGCUGCUGAGAAUGGUUUGUCCGAUGCACAGAUUCGUCUUCUAGGUCGGUGGAAAACGAAUGCAUUUCAAAAGUAUAUUCGAGUUUCAUCUCUUUCAACGACUGCUUCAUUAUCUGAGUAACACAAUCCUUCCAAACCGGGCGACAAUGUCGCGGGGUGUUGUCGCUUGGUCCGUUGCAUAGUAUAUUUGGUGGUCCAGAGGGCCUGUCUAGCAGGGGCGGACAUCUCUUCUUGAUCACCAGAUAUAUUAAUGUUCAUUAGUAAUUAUUCACUUAAAUUAAACUGUUAUUUCUGACUAUUUUAUUCCUUUCUGUGUGUGAACAACAGUUAGCAGGGGCGACUGUUAAAUGUUUAGUGGUUGUGUUAACAACAGUCAGCAGGAGCGACUGUUAGAUGUUUAGUAUUGAAGGGCUCUAUUUACAACAUUCUGCUAUUACUCAUAAUGGUUUCGCAGAGGCGACUGCUUUCGAUCGGCCUACACUACAGUUAACAGGGGUUACUGCGGUGUAUUUUGGCUCGCUAUAAAACAUUAUAAUAAUUAAAUGCUCUUUGCUAGUGGUGUUGCGUUUUCCUCGGGUGGGGAGAUUCCGCGAUUUACGUUCGACUGACUUCAAUGGCGUAGUCUUUGGCGUGUAGUCCUGCCACCUUUACUGGCCAUGAACAUUAACAGACUCAAGUUAUUAACUGAAAUUAUCAAUUUUAAUGAUUUUAUGAUAUUUCUAAUUAAAUGACGAGAUUUUAAAUAAAGCGGCUGUGAAUCAAUUUCACAGCCAAAUUAUCCCAAGUCGGGUUUUUGUUUUGCCAGUAAACUGAGCUCGUUAAACGCAAUACCUCGUGAAAAGCAGGAAGGCAAAGACAUAAAUGGAUAGAUAGAUAGAUUUUAUUUUGACACGCUACUACGUCAAUUAAAAAUAUUGAUUUCCACGAAGGGCGUGUGUUCAAAAGUUAUUAUAUAUAAGUGUUGUUAUGACCCUUAUGGAAUCAAAUAAAAGAAAAUAGAAAUAAUCUAACUUUUCCAAUUGACAAAAUUGACAAUAUAGACAACUAACAAAACAUGUGGGUAACUAUUUACAAUAAAGGAUUUAUAUAUGUAUGUAUAAAUAUAUUAUUUAGUAACAUGCAUGAGCAGCAAUUUUUCUUUCAAAUGGAGACUGGGACCUAAUUCCUCUGAUUUCUUUAGGCACUGAGUUCCAUAUUUUUGCCCCAUUAAACAUAAAACUCUUUUUCAUGCUAUUUGUGCGGGGCUGUGGCAAAACGAAUGUCGUUUCAUUGUCACGGAGACAGUAAUGUGUAUUCUCAUUCUUGUAGGUAAAAAGGUCUGUUAGGCUUUUAGGCCCAGACAUAUUCAAAAUUUUGAACAUUAAUUUUGCCUUAGCUUUAGUUCUUUGUACUUUUAGUGUCUCCCAUCCUAACGAAUUUAUUGCGAUUUGGGCAUUAACUUCGUUACCCAUGUCCAUAAUAAUUCUAGCGCAUCUAUUUUGAAGCUUUUGUAGUCGUUGUGAUUGAGUUUCACCAAAAAUGUCCCACACUUCACAACAAUAAGUAAAGUAUGGUUGUACAAUUGCAUUAAAUAUAGAAACAAGUGUAUCAAGGUCAACGUACAAAUUCUUUUAGUUUUCUAAUAACAGAAAUGGCUGAUGUGAUUUUCUGACAGAUACUCUCAGUAUUACUUUUCCAAGAGAGAUGCUGAUCAACCAUUACUCCUAAUGUCUUGCAUUCCUUCACUUGUUUAAUUGGUCUGUUUUCAAUCAUUAUUUUUAAAUUUAAAUCUGAUACAGUAUGCAUGCACCAGAGGUCUUGACCCAAUGAGCAUAAAUUCAGUUUUGGCAAUGUUUAGGCUCAGUUUGUUCGCGUUUAACCACAUUCUGAGGUUUUCCAAAUCAGAGUUCACUGCAUUUUCAACAUCAUUAAUUGUACCACCAGAAGCAGCGAGGUUCGUGUCAUCUGCAAAAAGUCUUGGCUUUGUCCUAUUCAGGCAUUCAGAUAAAUAAUUUAUGUAUAUUAGGAAGAAUAAAGGAUCUAAAAUGGAGUCUUGAGGGACACCACAUUUAACUUUGUGUUCAGACGAGACAACACCAUUUACUUGGCAUUUUUGGGUGCGAUCAAUAAUAUAUUAUCUCAACAUCAAAAGUGCCUUAUCCUUAAUUAAUACCGUAAAUUUGCAUUUUCUCAAGUAGAAUUUCGUGAUCUACUUAAACAUUUUUCGAUCCAUGUUAACGUACCAACUAUUUGUUGAAUCUAAAAGGGACGUAGCGGUAGAGUGAAACUUUCGAAAGCCAAAUUGGUUAUCAGAGAGAAUUUCGUUUUUAGUUAAAUAAUCAUACAGCUGCUCAUACAGCAAUCUUUCCAUGAUUUUGCUUAUGACUGGUAGUAUCGAUAUUGGCCUGUAAUUACCUGGAAUAUUACGAUGACCACUUUUAUAAAGAGGUAAAACACUAGAUACUUUCCAUUCAUCUGGAAAGCUGCAAAGAGUAAUACUUUGAUUAAAAAUAUAUGUAAGUGUAGCAGAAAUAACUGGUGAUGCUAAUUUAAGAAUUUUACUGGAAAUUUUGUCAACACCACAUGCUUUGUUACAAGACAGGCCUCUUAAAAUAUCAAAAAUUUUGUUUACCGCAAUUGGUGUAAAUGCAGUGAACUCGGAUUCAGAACUUUUGGAAUAAUUUUGAAAGUCACAGCUAGAUUCAUCCAACUUGUUUGCAAAGUUUGGUCCAACAUUUGCAAAGAAUUCAUUUAACCCUUCUGCAAUCUCUGUAGGAUUUGUUAAUUUAGAUUCAUUAAUAAUUAGUUCAUUUAUAAUUGUGGGUUUCUUACCCUUUCCGAUCAAACUAUGAAUAGUUUUCCAAGCCUGCUUUGGAUUGCAUUUUUGGUUAGCAAUCUUUUUAGAAUAAUAGUCUGUUUUUGCUUUCCUUAAUUUGGUAUUUGUUUGAUUUCUGGCUUUUUUAUAAAUGAGCCAAUCAGAUUCUUGUUUAGUAAUAAAUGCUUUCCUUUUCAAUUUAUCUCGUUCGGUUAUGAGCAUUUUAAUAUUGCUUGUAAACCAAGGAACACUUUUUGAUUUUAUCUUUUUGUUUUGAAGUGGUGCAUACUUAUCCAGGACCUCUAAAAGACUUUUUUCCACAUCUUCCACAUAGUAUUUGGAUUAUCUAGAAAAUAAUAAAUAUGAUCCCAGGGUUGAUUUUACAAAUCCUUAAGAAAUUUUAGAUCAUUGAAUUUCUUCAUGUUUCUAAUUUCAACAAUAUUUACAUGACGUUUUACUGAAAAAUUUAUUUUUCUUAUUGCGGAAAUCAUGCUAUGAUCACUAAUUUCAGUAUGUAUUACCCCAGGGUCAGAAAUUUUCUCUGGUCUAUUUGUAAUAAAAUGAUCAAUAAGGGUGAACGUUGAUGAUGUAAUGCGCGUAGCUUCAUCAAUCAUUUGUGACAAUUGAUAAAGUUCAUAUAUGGAUUUGUGUUUUUUAGUUAUUUGGUCUGGAUUUGUCUUAAGUAAAUCACAGUUUAAAUCACCAAGAAUGUGAAUUUCUUUGUUUUCAUCAUCUAUUUUUUUAAUGAGACUUUCUAAAUCAAUAAAAAGUUCGAAUGACGGAUUUGGAGGUCUAUAAGCUGUUACUACGACGAACGGCUGACUUUGAGACUUAAUGAUUUCAAUACAAACAGCUUCAAGAUUUUUAGGCACCAGAUCAUGUCUAAUCCGAUAAUUAAUGGAUCUACGCAAAUACAUGCAAACACCACCUCCACUUCUUGAUCUAUCUUUUCGGAUAAUGUCAUAACCAUCAAUAUACAUUUGAUUAUCUGAAAUUGAUGAAUCAAGCCUUGAUUCAUUAAAUGCGAUUAAAUCAAUUAAUUUGUUUGACAAUGAAAAGCUCAUUUCAUCAUAUCGUUUCGGCAAGCUAACACCAUUUAAAAAGGCUAUUUUAAAGCCUCUUUCAUUAGGAAUGGAGUUAAUCUCAUUGAAACAUUUGCUGCUCCUGUUUUGGGUUAAAUAGCAAUUAUCAUUAACAUUUAUUUCUUCAUUAUGUUGGUUACUAGCUUCAGGUCAUCUGACCAUUCCUUCAUUCGAUGGCCCAGUGCAAGCCGAAAAAAGGCUUAUUUUUGCCAUGCAGCUUCUGAUUAUGAACAGCAUUGCGGCUAAUUUUAACUUACUUUAGGUAAGAGCAAAAUUUCUUGCCCAACAACUUGUCUCCAUUUCUGUUCAAAUGGAGGUUGGAUCUAUUGAGGUGGGAUUGAUCUAUCUCGCUGUUAUCUAAAAAUGCUACUUCGUACCGCUUGCACAAGAUGAGUAAUACGUUAUUUGCUUCCUCAAUUUUUUUGUUGGAUAAUUUACCAUCAAAUCUCUUUACCACACUUGACACCGCAACAUCACUUGAAUGGAUUUUUGCCACUUUUAUGAGACUUUCCAUACGUUGAGCAAUUUGACGUGGACUUUAGUUGACCAGGUUAUUGGUUCCUGCAUGGAUAAUUACUGUUUCAUAAUUCUGACUAUCAUCUGACCAAUGUUCCUUGAUCUUUUCUUCAAGAUAUUGUAUUCUUGCUCCACUAUAAGAGUGACACUGAGUCGAUUUAGUUUUGGCCGCUCUGGAUAUUUUUAAAUUGACAAUAUUCAUGUCCAUGGAGUCACCAAUGAUGCGUACUUUUUUCUGUUCAGAUGGUGACGGAUUAUUUGGGGGACAUUCACUAUGGCUAUCAACACUUGACAUAUUUUGAUCUGUUUUACGCAAUUUUUUGACAAAUUUAGAUGACUGUGAAUUACGGUAAUCUUUAAUCUGCCCUUGAAAGCCACUAUCUGAGCCACUGUCCGAAGUAUUGACUGGUAUGUCGUCAUCUUCAACAGUCAAUGCAUCAAUAUGAUUAAAGGUGGAGAGCCCCAGUUGUGGAGAGUCAGCAACUGGCACUUGGUUACAAUGGUUUGAAGAUUUCGCUUUUAUCCAGACAUUCUGUUUCAUAUCAAAUGUCUUUUGAAUUACUUCAUUGUCAAGCUUCACCUGCUCUAGGGUCACUUUCAUAUUAUCAAGUUCACUCUCCAAUUUCCUGUUUUUGAUAAUAAGCAUGUGGAUUAUGCCAUCUUGGCCUUCGAUUAAUUGGUAUUUAUUUCUCUCAAUUGCGAAUUCGCUUUGCUUAGUUCCGACUACGCUAUAAAGCAACAACAAUUAAUCUAGCUUAAGUUUUAUUUCAUCCAAUACUUCUCUAUGUUUUUGACAAUUAUUGCAAUUCGAUGACUUGUCGGAUUGAUUUACAGACUCGUCGUUCGCAUUCUCAAAUUCUACCGCAAAAUGUUCGUUAUCCUCGCCGCUAUACUCGUCAGCAUGUUUCCUAAGCAUUUCGGCUAGAUGCAACUCUUCGUUGUCAGUUACAAUGACAAUUUUCUUCUUGGUAGUACCAUACCAUUUGAACGCGAAGGUAGGAUUUGUGAACAAUUUCUCUUCGCCGCCAGGUGACGACCAUUUCCCGUUUAAUAGGCCGUAUUCUGUGGCACGAAAACUCGCUUAGAAAACGAAUUCCGUUGCCCGGGUUCGGGCACUACUUUGAAACAAGAUAAAUAAUUAGGAUAAAUUAUACAAAGUCCAAAUCCGCUUGUUUGCACUUCCCAAAACCUGCAGUUUUCGAGUAUUUCUUCUUCGAAAAUUGAAGAAAUCGACAUCUUUCGCAAUCGAUCGGCGCCAUUUUUGUUCGGGACACUUGGUGUAAUAAACACUCUAAAUGCCGAUUUUCGCGGGCUCAUGCUCAUUCCUACAUGAAGUUUCCAGCUUAGCAUUUGUAAACAGUCUUCUGAUUCAUGUUUAAUUCAUUUUGAUGGGAAAAAAGGCCCACUUACAAGUUUUAGUGUGGUUUCGUAUCAAAAAUUUUUAGAUUGUCGUAGAAUUUGGCUAACGCUAGACGGGGAAGAACGCAAUGUUGCUCAAAGAAGUUUGCGGUUUGUUAGCGACAGUAUGGAACUAUUGAAGUAGCACGGUCGAAAAUGCCGAUGCAAAUUUCUCUUAUCAUCGAGGUUGUUACUCGGCGUUCACAAAUAGCAGUUUGAUCAACCGAGCUCAAGAGCGUUGUCAAAAUAUGGACAAAGAAGUUGUACCUUCAUCCUCUGGUCUCGAUAUUAUUGAUGAAGAAACGGAAUCAGAUGAAACUCCACCUGUAAAGAAAAUGCUGAGAUCUACACACGUAAAAAUCACACAACUUGUCAACAAGAUGUGUUCGCAGCAGACAUGUAGCAAGCUUGCCAACAAGUUGUAAAAAUUCUGUUAUUUUAUCAAGUUGCUACAAGCUUGUCACUCACAACUUGUUGACAAAUUGUUGAAUUGCUGUUGGAACAACUUGUAACAAGUCUGCAAAACAAGUUGUUAUAUGUAUGUUCACAAGCUGUCAACAAGUUGUCUUCACACUGUUUGUUCCCAGUUUGUUGUAACAAGUUUGAAACAAGCUGUUAACAAUUUGUAACAGGAAACAGUAGGUGGUAAACUGAAAGAAGCUGCAACAAAGAAAGCUGAUGAAAGUAUUUUGAUUCAAAUUGCUGAUAAGGACCUAGCAUUGAAAGUGGAAUUAUACCAUAAACAAUGUUAUGAAAAGUUGUUUUCCAUAGACCAAAGUAAUGAAUGAUAUUGUGAUAGAGUGAUAUUGUUUAAUCAAUCAAUCAAUCAAUCAAUCAAUCAAUCAAUCAAUGCAGAGUGCCUCAGUCAAGAAAAAGUUUUAUGGAUGAUGACAUAGAAACAUCUCAGAGUUCACACAAGAGUCUGAUUCUGAUGUUGACAUUGUAACGAAAACAUCGACAUACACAAGUGCAACAUUGAAAGAAAUAUAUACAGUUGGCCUAACAUUGAGAAACAACUUGCGUAAUUAUACAUCAGCUUGGUACAAGAACUGGCUACCACAUGCAUCAGAUAUUACUGGAAUAAUGUUGAUGCGUUGAUAGUUGCCUGUGCAACAGCUGAAUCAUAUGCCAUUGCCAAAGGUAGUGAGAGACAAUGUCCAAAACCACUCAAAAUCUUAAAUAUCAGGCCAGAACAACCAAACAUCUGCCAAACGGUCAUUGCUAGUGCUAGGACUUGGGUGUCUGUACUUUCCCCCUAUUAGAAAUAUAGACCAAAUUUUGACACAGAGAAAAAUCUUUGAUGUAGUUCGGUCAUCUAAUUCAAUGUAGUCAGCAUCUUCUGGGUCAUCUGAAAACCCAAGUAUCCAUGCCAUUAAAUUAAACAAGAGAGGUGAUACUAAUGGUUUCACCAGUAAUAUUUGAUGUAUGUGGUGGGCAGUUCUUGUACCAAGCAGAUGUACAAUGUUUUGCAACAGUCUUUGCAAGUUGUUUCUCAAUAUUAGGCCAACUUUAUUAAUUCUCUUAUACAUUUCUUUCAGUCUUGCACUUGUAUACUGUACGUGGAUGCUUUCAAUGCCAAUUUGAAUCAAAAUACUUUCAUCAACUUUCUUUGUUGCAGCUUCUUUCAGUUUACCACCAUCUACUUUUUUCACAGAUACCAUUUUGUCCAGCUUUCCCUUUUUCGACUUCUAAACAAUAAAAAACCCAUGCAUAUAAAUCACACAACCGUUAUAACGGGAGCGGCUAAAGGCAAUGCAAUCAAUAUAUAAUUAUAAAACAAAUAUUAAAACAAAUAUUAAAACAAAUAUAAAAACGGAACGGUUGAUUGCAACGGACUGGACAUUGGAUGGACGGACGGAAACAAGCCCAACGGCGACGGGGGCGUGGUGAAGUGACAAGCAAAGGAUAUUGCCCGAGUCGUAAUCACAAACCUGCACAUUGGCGGUCUGGGAUUUUGAUCGCUCUGCCUACCAAGGAGUGAUAUGGUUCUUCGACAGCACCCCAGACGACCAAGCAGCCCUAUUUAGGGAGGACACUGCUCCCCCCAAUCCGGAGAAGGGACUAGAAAAGGUGAUCCCAAAAAACGUUCACUCCACCAACUCGGUUAGCAAACCGCAGCUGACGAGUUAUCCCACUUUGCGGUCGAAACACAAAGAAAAAACAAUUAAAAAUUGCAGUAUGGAAUGUGAGGACUUUGCAGAGCGAAAGAACAACAGAGCGGAGGACAGCUAUUAUUGGACUAGAAUUGGAAAGAUAUAACAUUGAUAUAGCCGCAUUGAGUGAAACUAGAUUCGCUGGUACCGGACAACUUACUGAACCAACAUCAGGAUAUACCUACUUAUGGAGCGGCUUACCGGAAAGCGAAAAGCGUCUGUAUGGCGUCGGAUUCGCUAUAAAAACCUCUAUUGUUAAAAAAUUGGAAAUCCUGCCAACCGCAGUAAACGAACGUCUCAUGUGGCUGCGUUUGAAAAUGAAGAAGAUGUAAUGACAAACGAAGAAGAUGUAAAGGAAAACUUCUAUGCAGACCUUGAUAAUAUCCUGCGCAAAACGCCAAAGGAGAUAAGCUGAUUUUGUUGGGUGAUUUCAAUGCCCGUGUUGGUACAAACAGUACAUCUUGGUCGCGCACAAUUGGUAAAUAUGGGGUCGGAAAUUGCAACUCAAAUGGUUUACUAUUAUUAUCAAAGUGUAAGUAGCAUGAACUCGUAAUCACAAACACGAUGUUUCAGCUACCAGUGGAAAAUCUAAACACUGGCAUCUGAAUGAUAAUGCAAUAGUAAGACAAAGGGACCUAAAAGAUGUUUGUCUAACACAAGCAAUGUGUGGUGCUGAAUGCCAAACCGACCACAGAAUGGUCAGAAUGAAACUAAAAAUGAUAAUACAACCGCACAGGCGAAAAGUUGCAUUCAAAGGCGUCAGAAAGCUGAAUGUGGACAGACUAAAAAGCAAUGAGAUCAAAAACGACUUUUCUGUCAAGAUGGAAACUGCCCUCAACCAACUAGCUGACCGUCCAAGUGACUCCGUUCACGAUAAAUGGAAGGAACUGAAAAAUCAAAAACUCAGAGUGUCGAAAGAAACACUCGGUACGAAAAGCGAGAAACACCCUGACUGGUUCGAAGAAAACAUCGGGUCAAUAACACCACUCAUAGAUGCAAAAAAUGCUGCCCAUCAGGUCCUUGUCACCAGAGAUACUCGCAGUACAAGUUCCCGACUGAAAGAGUGUCAACACCGCUUGCAAUGCGAAAUUCGACGUCUAAAAAAUGAUUGGCUGGUCAAAAAAGCUCGUGAAAUUCAGGAAUUCGCUGACUUAUCCCAUACCUGUCUUAAAAGCGGCUUUCUGAUUGGUUUAGAGCAGGUGAGCUUGUCGUCGAGCUCACCUGCUUUUUGCCGAACUCACCUGCUUUUCGCCCGAACUCACCCGCUAAACUGCUUACGUUGCAAUAACAAUAACAAAUAUGGCGGACAUGAUUUAGCCGAUAAACCUAAACUUUAAAUUAAAGAACUUUUUUCGGUGACUAACAUACCGAGACUGAAGAAAAACCAAAGAAAAAAUGCAGUAAAGGUAAUGUAGACGUAGAUAAAGAAGUAUUUUCUUGCCCAGUGAUUUUUUUGGCCGGGAAAAUGUUCACAAAACAUCGACGAAUAUAUCGCGAUUCGCGAAGAGCUACAAAUGUGUGUAUGGCUCGGUCAGCCUCGGUGUAUGGGAUUUCGCUCGGUAAGUUCGGGAAACUUCCAGCCACCCUCGGUGCGUCCAAUCCCGGACUCACCUCCCUGCAAGUACGUUUGUUAUAAAACAUCAUGCAAAAAAGUUUUACGAUGCUGUAAAGGGAGUGUACGGACCGUCAACCCGCGGUACAUCACCUUUGCUUUCAGCCGAUGGCACGAAAAUAGUAUCUGAUCGAAAUGAGAACCUUAAUCGCUGGGUCGAACACUUGAAUGAACUUCUUAAUCGUGCCUCGACUGUACAACAAAAUAGUAUCGAUAACAUCAAACAGCAGCCGGUACAGGAACACCUGGCUGAUAGACCAACAAAAGCAGAAAUUCGUAAAGCAAUAAAACUACUUCAAAGUGGAAAGGCAACAGGAGAAGACGGGAUACCGCCGAAAUAUACAAACAUGGUGGAGAGGCAAUUAUCUGCCAUCUCUUCUCCUUAUUCGGUUAUAUCUGGAGAGAUGAAGACAUCCCACAGGAGCUCAAAGAUGCCAUAAUUGUCACGCUAUACAAGAAAAAAGGGAGCAAGUCAGAUUGUGGUAACUACCGGAGAAUUGCGCUAUUGUCACACUGCUCCAAAAUCCUGGCAAAGAUUUUACAGAUGCGUUUAGUUGAAAACAUCCUGGAUGAAAAUGUUUCCGAAUCCCAAUGUGGUUUCCGCAGCAACAGAGGAACAGCGGACAUGAUUUUUGCAGUAAGGCAAUUGCAAGAAAAAAGCAUCGAACAGAACAUGCCUUUAUAUCCGGUGUUCAUCCACCUGACUAAAGCCUGCGAUACGGUAUCACGGGAAGCGUUGUGGAAGAUCCUAAUAAAAUUGGGUUGCCCCACAAAGUUUGUAAAUGUCCUUAAACAACUUCACGAAGGGAUGCAAGCGAGGGUCUGUUCCAAAGGUCAGUUCUCCGUCAGUUUCCCCAUAAAUAAUGGCGUAAAACAAGGUUGCGUUGUAGCGCCGAUCCUAUUAUCUUGUUCUUCGGGGCUAUGCUGAAAGACUGCUUAGAUGGUAAUGACAAAGGUAUUCGCGUGAAUUUCAGAACAAAUGGUGGAUUGUUCAACUUACAACGUCUGCGCGCCAAAACAAAGAUAAGAGAACAACUUGUAAGGGAAUUAUUAUUUGCAGAUGACUGCGGCAUAUUCGCUCAUUCUGUAGAAGAUUUACAAUCGUUGAUGGACAGUUUCUCAAAUGCGUCUAGGCGCUUUGACUUGACAAUCAGCAUAAAAAAAACCGAAGUAUUAUACCAACUACAACCAGGAGUGCUUCUAGAUAAACCAUUAAUCAUUGUGAACGGUCAAAAACUGAAAACAACUAAAACAUUCCGGUAUCUUGGUAGCACAAUAUCCGAUGAUGCGCAAUUAGACCAUGAAAUCGAAAGAAGGACAGCAAAAGCCAGCUCCUCUUUUGGAAGACUCAAAGAUCGUCUAUGGAAUAGUCAUGAUAUCAAACUAGAAACAAAAAUAGCUCUGUUCAAAGUAGUUGUUAUAUCAACGCUCCUGUACGGCGGGGAAACAUGGACCCUGUAUGCCAGGCACAUAAAAAAACUAGAAGCUUUCCAGCAACGAUCCCUCCGUAGCAUUAUGCGUGUAAAAUGGGAAGAAAAGACGCCACACAGCGAAGUGCUAGAGCGGGAAAAAUGUUGUAGCAUUGAAAGCAUUCUGAAAAAAAGGCAGCUUCAGUGGGCUGGUCACAUCGUGAGAAUGGAUGAUGAACGAUUACCUAAAAUAUUGUUGUACGGGGAGUUACAACAAGGAAACCGAAUGGUGUGA